CCGAAACCGAAACCAGUGCCGUUUGGGCAGCCGAGCCGAGCGAUUCUGUUCUUCCGCGCCGCAGGGGGUCGUCCGCGAAUGACGUUUUUUGUAGGAUAUUUUUGUGGGGGAAUUCCGGCUGAUUUUUGUGAGGAGGAAGAAGCGCUGAGUGUGAUUAAUUGCCAGGUCGUUUCGCCCUGGACAGGUGGUUGAUAGCGGUCAGGGCAGGUUCUCCGGGACUGAUAAGUCUUCUGGGUUGUGGAUAGUCCAAGAGGGUUUCUCCCACUGCCGAAUCUUUAAGGUGGCGUUAAAGUGCGUGAAACCAUAUUGUGGUGAGAGCGUGAAAAGUGUUGAAGGGAAAAAAGUUUCUUCGCGGAAAACAGAGUGGAAAAUCGAAAGAAAAACAACCCCUCUCGUCUGCCCUUAAGCAGUUUCAACCCGUCAUAGGAAGUUCGGGGUUCGAGAAAAAAAGAAAAAUCAUUAACCUCUGGUGGGGUUGGCACCACGUGCGACAGUGUUGACGAAUUUCGAUUGUGUGUUGUUUACGUUUGUCGUGUUGCACCCCUUAAAGGAAAAGUCACUUUCCCGAGGAGGCCAAAAAAAAAAGGAAAUCGAGGGUCAGUUACUCGGAUGUUUGUGGAGAAAAGGAAAAGUCCCGAAAAUAACAAUGGCAGAAAGUGAGUCGUAAAAUUGAGGAACCCUCAAAAGGGGAAGGGGAAAACUCAACCGGGAAAAUCGUUACAAACAGUGAGGAAAACCGCAGCAGGGUAAAGAAUACGAUGAUGGAGCGUGGAAACUGAGAAAAAUUUGAUUAAUUGAAAGUGAUUUGCGGAGCGCGACCUUCUCGAAAGGAAGCUGCGAGGAAAAUUCUUCAAAAUUUCUCAACGCGAAGACGCGAAAACGUGAUCACCGCCACAGAGAGAAAAAAAAGGAAAAUUAAUGAUAUUACACUGUUGAAUAGCUCGACCAUUUUCCCCAGCGAAAACACAAAGGAAAAACCCCGCCGUCAAAAAAAUACGAGGCUUCGCGGAAAGUAAAUGGAAAUUACACACAGUGAUUACCGUCAAGUGGUGUUCGUCCUUUUUUGAAAGGAAUUUCCGCCCCCCUCGCGGCUAGAGGAGCCAAAAAAAGAGGACGCCUGGAAAAUGUGCCAAUUGUUAUUGUUUCAAUUGCUGAGAAAAUGUGAAACUGAGCUGCGCGGAAAAUCGCGUCGCCUUUUGUGAAGUGUUAACAACACACAGUGGGCAGCAGAGAGAGGGGAAAAUAAAAAGUUGGAAACUUUUUCCAAGCAGAAAAAAAAGUUAGCAGAAAAUCGAUUUGCAAAUUUUGUGAAAAGCUCGCACCGGAAAUGGAUAGAGCAGUUCCGGUGGCGGCGGCGGCCGGAAUCAGGCUGAUCAUCGCGUUGCUGCUGAUUUUGCAGCACACUGAAGCUCUGCUCCAGAAGGUCCCACGAAUAAUCGAGCACCCGAUCGAUACGACCGUUCCGAGGCACGAGCCGGCCACGCUGAACUGCAAGGUGGACGGCAUUCCGCCGCCCACCAUCCAAUGGUACAAGGACGGUGCCCCGCUGAAGAUUCUGCCCGGUUCGCAUCGGAUGUUUUUGCCGGCGGGCGGGUUGUUCUUUCUAAAAGUCGUAAAUUCUCGCCGGGAAAGUGACGCCGGAGUGUACUGGUGCGAGGCCAAGAACGAGAAUGGAGUGGCCCGCAGCCGGAACGCCACUCUCCAAGUGGCAGUCCUGCGUGAGGAGUUCCGGCUGGAGCCGCAGCACACCCGGGUGGCCCAGGGCGAGACGGUCCUGCUCGAGUGUGGACCCCCCAAGGGGGUGCCGGAGCCGACGGUCGGGUGGCGCAAAAACGGCCAGAAGCUGGACGUCGAAACGAGCAAACGCAUCCGGGUCGUGGACGGGGGAAACCUGGCGAUCCAGGACGUGCGCCAGACGGACGAGGGCCAGUACCAGUGCAUCGCGAAGAAUCUGGUCGGGGUGCGCGAGUCCGGGAUGGCGUUCCUGAAGGUGCACGUGAAACCCUUCCUCAUCCGGGGACCGCACGACUCCACCAUCAUCGAGGGCUCCUCGGUGACGUUCCAGUGCCGCGUCGGAGGUGACCCCAUGCCCGACGUCCUGUGGCGACGGUCGGCCAACGGUGGCAACAUGCCCCUGGACCGCGUCCACAUCCUGGAGGAUCGCAGCCUGCGCCUGGAGAACGUCAUCCCGGACGACGAGGGAGAGUACAGCUGCGAGGCGGACAACGCCGUGGGGGCGAUCUCCGCCACCGGAACGUUGACCGUGCACUCUCAUCCCUACCUGGUGAUCCGACCGGUGCCGCAGGUCAUUGAGGGAAUUCGCGAUGCUUCAUUUGAGUGCAAGUCCGAAGGUCGUCCCAAACCAACUACGUUCUGGUCGAUCGAGGGUAAUCGCACCUUGAUCUUCCCGGGGACCAAGUUCGAUCGCUUUGAGACGUCCAAUACCCAGGAGGGUUUGACCGUGCUCACGAUCCUUCAAACCACCAAAGCGGACAACGGCUUGGUGGUGAUCUGUAGUGCGGUUAACUCCGUAGGAUCGAUCAGCGUACGCGCACGACUGACCGUGGCGUCACAAGACGAUCUACCACCGCCGAUCAUCAUCUUAGGACCCACAAACCAAACGCUUCCGGUGAAGUCGGUGGUAGCAUUACCUUGUCGAGCGGUUGGCAACCCAACUCCCAUUAUCUCGUGGUACUUGGACGGCAACCCCGUCAUCAACUCCGAGCGGAUCAACACCACCGACAACGGCACCCUGGUGAUCCACGAUCUAGACAAGAACACCGAUCAAGGUCUGUACACUUGUGUGGCAAGCAGCCGUAGCGGUAAGGCAACUUGGAGUGCCUACCUCCGGCUAGAACCUCCAACCAACCCAAACAUUAACUUCUUCCGUGCCCCUGAGGCCAGUGCCUUCCCCAGUGCCCCGGGGAAACCUCAGAUCGUCAACGUAACCGAUAACUCGAUCAGCAUUUCUUGGCUGCCGAGCAUCAAAUCGGGGGCCUCGGACAUCAACGGCUACCUAAUCGAGGUCUUCUCAACUGACAUGGCCAAAGGAUGGAUCUCAAUCCCGUACAAGAUCUCCUCGACCAGCUACACCUUUUCACCCGUUACGUCGGACAUCGCCUAUACGUUCAUCGUGCGAGCCGAGAACGAUCAAGGCGUUGGUAUCCCAAGCUUGAUGUCCGAUCCGGUGACCAUCGGUCGGGACAUCAACCACGGCGAAGACAUCAACUUGAGCGAAGCUCAAGCUACGCUAUCCUCCGGAAGCGUGGUCAACCUGCUGGAAGCGAACGCUUCGGACUCUACAAGCGUUCGCCUCGUUUGGGAGAUCGUCAACGGGCAGUACGUGGAAGGGUUCUACAUUUACUCGAAGAACGUCAAUAGCAAUGGGACGUACAAGACCCUGACCGUGCUUCACGGUGGAGGUGCGUCUGCCUGUACGAUCAACGGGCUGGACAAGUACACCGAGUACGAGUUCUUCCUGGUGCCGUUCUACAAGACGAUCGAGGGUAGGCCGUCCAACUCGAGGACGGCGAAGACCUUGGAGGAUGUUCCCAGUGCAGCCCCGAUCAACAUGGAGGCAGUCCUGCUAAACACUUCGGCCGUCUAUCUCAAGUGGGAACCCCCAACCAAUCACAGCUUGAACGGCAAGCUCAAAAACUACCACAUCAUCAUCCGCGGCUACGACGUGCACAACAUGUCCAAGGUGCUGACGAACAUGACCGUCGACGGGGACUCGCCGAAGCUGCUCCUGGCAAACCUGUCGGCCGGGGUGACCUACUCGGUGAGCAUCGCGGCCAGCACCCGCGUCGGCAUUGGGCCGUUUAGCGUGCCGUCGAUUCUGCGGCUGGAUCCGCACACGAAGCGACUGGACCAGGGUUAUACGCGGUAUCCAAUAAAUCACGACUACUCGCACGAUAUCCUGACGCAAACGUGGUUCAUUAUCCUGCUCGGUUCCAUCAUCGCCAUCAUCGUGUUCCUGUUCGGGGCCACGGUGAUCUUCCGGCGGAUACAGUUUAUGAAGCACAGCUCGCUGAACAGCAUGCACGGAAAUCACGCCAUCGGAACGGUCCGCAAAUUUCCGACGCUUCCGCUGAACCCGAACGGCGUCUGGAUCGACCCCGGCGGUGGCGUUUGGCGUCAGGCGUCCGAAAUCACCAAGGAAGCCAUCACGGACUACGCGGCGGUGUCGAACGCACCGACGCUGCCGCUGCCGGAUUAUGAGAGACUCUCCCCGCUCAACAUGCCCGACUACGCCGAGGUCGCCGGCUGCUCCUCGUUCAAAAACGACCACGGCCCCCACGGCUCCCCGUCGUACGACAAUUACGGUGCGUACGCGUCCACCACCCUGGUCGGCCGUUCCGUCGCAAAUCAGGCCUCCUCCUCCUCCUCCUCCUCGAUCCCCCCACCGGGUGGCGUCCCCGUCUUUGCCCAGAACCAGUUCGACGGGAAAAACGUCUACUCUGCGCCGACGAGCUGUCAUUACAAUAAUUUCAUAAAUCAACAUCAGCAACGGCAUCAGCAGCAGCUGCACCAGCAGCAGCAGGUUCCCGGCGAGGGUAAAAGGACCGGGUACGGCGCUGGCGGAAGCAUGAAGAGUCAGAAAAUGAACAUCAUCGAGAACCGGAUGGCGGACAUGAUGAACAACCUCGGUCACAGCCAGGGCGGAUCGAGCGUGAGCUGUAAUCUGAACGGCGCAAACAGCAGCAGCAAUCUGCUUCCGGCGGGAGGUUCCGGGGCCGGGACCAGUGUAAGUGUCCCCCACACGCCCCUGUUCGGCACCAUCAAACGGUCCUCGGCGGCUGCGGCGGCCGCGGCUGCCAAGUACAACAAAAUAGGCUACAAUAAGGAUAAUAAACUCAAUUUCGGCGAUAAUGGUCGUUGCACCGAGCAGCCCCUGUUCAUCAAGUCCAAGUACGACGGAACGUGGUCCUCGGUGCCCAGCACGGCGGCCUCGUCCGCAAACAACAUCAACAUGAUUAAUAAUUCGCCGUAUCACCAGCAACACUCCCAGCAUCAGCAGCACCAUCCCGCGAUGUUCAAGGGAGGCAGCAGUGGCAACAUUUUGGACCCGCUGCCGCCGUCCCCGGUGGAAAAUAAUGGUGGUCGAAUUCCCGGUUGUGGGGUCGUCGGAGGGCAAACAAAUAAUUUAGAUAAUCAGCAGCAGCAGCAGCUACAAAUGCAAAACAGUGGCUCUGGAAGCAGCAACGAUAGUGCAAGUUCGCAAAACUAUUUGAGCAGCUUUGGCAAAACGGACAACGUGUAAAGUUGGACAAGUUAGUGUGUUGCAAUCCCUUUGGUUUAGAGAGGGUCAGUUCUUCCGUGUAGAGUAGUUAAUGACUGUGAUGGUGAUGGAGCCGAUGGUGGGGUAAGAGUGAUGUGCUUUUGACGAGGUCAUGGAUGUGGAUGAGGUUCUUUGCUGUUUCUGGUAAACAUUGAGAGAUUUUUUUUGAAAACUGUGCCUACGCUAACUGUGCUUACUGUAUGAUGCUAUUUUGAUUCUGUCAAAAGAUACAGCGUGUUCAAAACUGGUCGAUUUGGUUUUCAAACAGAAUACACGUUUUUGACCAGUUUAGAGGACGCUGUAUCUUAUGACAGAAUCAAGAUAGCCUUUCUGUGGGAAAAUUAUAAAGAUUUUUUUUUUUAUUUUGGCGCAAUUGUGCUAGUUUUGAAAUUUGGAAAUAAUGUGAAAUAACUUUUUCAAUCCGUUGAUGACUUUUUGUGAAUUUCCUUGUC